CUCCCUGCCAUGACCGCGCCAAGGCUCGCCCGCAUCCUCGCCAGGAACUUCCACGUCUCCGCGCGCCGCCAUGAACUCGCCAAGUUCGCGAUGCCCGCCAUGAGCCCUACCAUGACGGAAGGCGGCAUCGCCAACUGGAAGAAGAAGGAGGGCGAGUCCUUUGCUGCGGGAGAUGUACUCCUUGAGAUUGAAACCGACAAGGCGACGAUCGAUGUCGAGGCUCAGGAUGAUGGCAUUCUGGCCAAGAUAAUAAAACCAGACGGUUCCAAGGGUAUCGCGGUUGGCUCGCCCAUCGCCAUCCUCGCCGAGGAGGGCGAUGAUCUUUCCGGCGCUGAGGCGCUCGCCUCUGAGCCAGCCUCCCAACCUGCCAAGAAACCUGAGCCCCAGGCUGACAAGGGCUCGGAACCGUCAAAAGCCUCAGAUGAAUCCAAACCUGCGCAGCCCGACAGUCAGGCCGACCAUCAGGUCAAGUCACCUCUGCCCACACUCCCUCAAGGCGAACGCAUCUUUGCCUCGCCCAUCGCGAAGAAGAUUGCGCUCGAGCGUGGCAUACCCUUGGCUAAAGUCAAAGGCACUGGUCCCGACGGUCGCAUUAUCCGGGAAGACGUCGAAAAUUACAAACCAGAGGGAGCCACGACCGCUACGACCUCCACUCCUCAACCCCACGCGUCCUUGCCCGACUAUGAAGAUAUUCCGGUCACCAACAUGCGUCGAACCAUCGGCACGCGUUUGACUCAGUCAAAGCAGGACGUGCCCCAUUAUUAUCUUACUGUGGACAUUAACAUGGACAAGGUUCUCAAGCUCCGUCAGGUCUUCAACAAGGCUCUGUCAGAGAAGGAGGGUGGCGCCAAGCUGAGCGUUAACGAUUUCAUUGUGAAGGCGGUUGGCUGCGCGUUGGCGGAUGUACCGGAGGCAAACUCCGCGUGGUUGGGCGAAACCAUCCGCAUGUACAAGAAAGCCGAUAUCUCCGUCGCCGUCGCAACUCCCAAUGGCCUCAUCACGCCUAUCAUCAAAGACGUUGGGUCGAAGGGUCUUGCAUCCAUCUCUGCUGAAGCUAAGUCAUUGGCCAAGAAAGCGCGGGACGGCAAGUUGCAACCUCAGGAAUACCAAGGAGGAACUUUCACCAUUUCCAACCUCGGCAUGUACGACAUUUCCCACUUCACGGCUAUCAUCAACCCGCCGCAGUCCUGCAUCCUCGCUGUUGGUUCGACCUCACCGACCUUGGUACCUGCGCCGGAGGAGGAGCGUGGCUUCAAGACCGUAAACAUCAUGAAGGUCACUCUCAGUUCUGAUCACCGGACGGUGGAUGGUGCGGUCGGAGCACGUUGGCUCUCAGCUUUCAAAGGUUACUUGGAAAACCCUUUAACAUUUAUGCUCUGAGCGGCGUAGAACCCUACUCGUGUGGGAGGAAGUUUUGGUGGACGGUUGACCACUCCGUAUACUAUAUUCUCGCAAUGUGUCAGGGCUGCGUUUGCCCGUCUAUAGACUUUUACUAAUUUCCGACCUCUCAUGAUGCAAGCGGAUUGUCCGGUGGCUGUGUCCAGGUGUAGAACGUCAACUUGAAUAUCAGAUCCUUCGUUUUCUCGUUUCGAGCUGACAACACCCACUUUGCGAUGCCGAGCCAGCUUGGAAAGAUCUCACCCCUCAAGAGACCGGAUCGCCCUUACUUCGCGCUUGGGCUCGAAGGUUCCGCGAACAAACUAGGCGCAGGGAUUAUCAGACACGGGACGGACGGGACGACUGAGGUACUCUCUAACGUCAGGCAUACUUACGUUACCCCGCCCGGAGAAGGCUUUCAGCCCAGAGAUACCGCUUUGCAUCAUCGAGAGUGGGCAUUGAGAGUGAUCAACGAUGCCAUCACGAAAGGAGGCGUGUCCUUGCAUGACUUAGAUUGUAUUUGUUACACCAAAGGACCGGGUAUGGGCGCACCGUUACAAUCUGUCGCUUUGUUUGCACGCACGCUCUCUUUACUGUUCAAUAAGCCCUUGGUCGGAGUGAACCAUUGCAUUGGACAUAUCGAGAUGGGUCGCGAAAUCACCGGUGCCCAAAACCCGGUAGUGCUGUAUGUAUCCGGGGGAAAUACGCAAGUGAUCGCGUACUCGAGACAAUGUUACCGUAUUUUCGGAGAGACUCUCGAUAUUGCUGUGGGCAACUGUCUAGAUCGAUUUGCACGGGUGAUCAACCUCAGCAAUGAUCCUGCACCUGGGUAUAAUAUUGAGCAGGAAGCUAAGAAAGGCAAGCGCUUGCUACCUCUUCCUUACGCUACCAAGGGCAUGGAUAUCAGUCUCUCUGGAAUCUUGACCGCUACGGAAGCAUAUACGAAGGACAAGCGGUUCCGACCUAAUGGAUCUUCUGAAGGCGAAGAUGACGACAUUAUAAGACCCGCCGAUCUUUGCUUCUCGUUGCAGGAGACGGUCUACGCGAUGCUCGUCGAGAUCACCGAGCGAGCGAUGGCCCACAUCGGCAGCAAAGAGGUCUUGAUCGUAGGAGGCGUAGGAUGCAAUGAGCGAUUACAACAGAUGAUGGGCAUUAUGGCGAGCGAGCGUGGCGGCCAGGUUUUCGCCACGGACGAAAGAUUCUGCAUUGACAACGGUAUCAUGAUUGCGCAAGCUGGCCUCUUGAGUUAUCGCAUGGGCAACACGACGCCACUCGCUAAAAGUACCUGCACGCAAAGAUUCCGUACUGAUCAGGUUCACGUCGCUUGGCGCGCAUAGUUAGAUAGCAUAACGAUAGCCACACCUUUCGCGUUCGCCAGGCAAUCAAUCUCGCACCACGCUCUGCUCUAACAUUCGCCAUCCAGAGGGAUCGGACCUUCGUAUCUCCUCAGCCAAUGCAUCAAACUGCUUCCACCACCAUUCAUUUAGAAUCUGGUACUCGUCGCCCGUUUGUCGCCCAUGCCAUGGUUUAGUAUGGAGUAUAUAGUGCAAGCAUCGCACCUCAUCAUCUCUCCAUAGCGAUGCGUGGAUGACACGCAGUGUCUUCAGAGCAUUAUAGCAGUACGGCAACGGUUUCCAUCGUCCCUUGAAAAAUGCCGCUAAAAGAUCUUGAUCUGGGAAAGUGAAAAACGGCACAUCGGGCGAGGUAGCGAGGUAAUGUUGCAUGGAUUUGAACAGGUCCUCAGAUGGGUUGAGCACGACACAUCCGGAGUUCAGAAGACCAUAGGGCCGAGGAGAAUCUUCCAGUAUUUGAGGAGGGUUCUUCAAUCCCUCAGGAUGUUUGACAGAACUAUAUGCGCAGUUCUCUGGUGUCCAGUCCGGGGGGUAGUGAGCGAAUUUACGGGGGUUGCAAGCGCAGGCAUGCGCAGCCGCUAUCCAGUCUGCGGGAAGCUCCAGGUCCAUGAGUUCGUCCAUGUUCCUCAGGAUGAGCAUGUCCGAAUCCAGAAGGACUACUCGAUCGUAUUCUGUAAGCUCGAAUGCUCUCAGUUUUGUCCACGUAUCCGAAAAUCUGAUGUCCGCCGCCGACAAAGUAUGCACUCCAUCCUGGGGCUUCAUGGGCUGUAUCUCUCGCGUGCGGAUGUUGCGCCUAUGAAGUAGUUCCUUGAUAUCUACGGCUAGGGACGGUGUGGUCAUCACCACCAAUGGGUAUGCGGCCUUCACUUCUCGCAGACUGUGGUCCAGAACCAGAGUUCCGGCCAGAUAAUCCAAUUUCGUGAGCAACGUGACGAAUGCGGCUCUGGGAGUCAUGGUGCAGAUACCAGUCAAAGCGGUCGCAAACACGAGAGUGGGUGAUACGAAGCUGUCGGUGCAGGACGGUCGUCGUACAUGAA